AGCAUGGACGAGCAAGCGCUGAUGGGGCUCGACCCCGGCGCCGACGCCCGCUACCGCCAGAGGGCGAUGGCGUACUUCGAGCAACUCAAAGAGUCGCAAGACGCCUGGGAGGUGUGCGCGCAAGCGCUCGCCAAAGGACUCUACGACGACGACCACGUCAAGUUCUUCUGCUUUCAAGUUCUGGAGCAUCAGAUCAAAUUCAGGCACGCCGGACUGAGCGGCGGCCAGCGGCAGCUCCUCCGAGAGACGCUGAUGAAGUGGCUCCAGUCUCAGUUGCCGCGGGCGCAGCCCGAGAAGAUCUUUGUCCGCAACAAAGCGGCGCAGGUGUUGGCGCUGACCUUCGUGGCCGAGUACCCCGCGCUCUGGCCGGAGUUUUUUUUCGACGUCCUGGCGCUGGUCGGCCUCAACCCGCGCGGCGUGGACAUCUACCUGCGCACGCUCAUGGCCGUUGACGGCGAGAUCGUGGACAGGGACGUGGCGCGGGCGCCGGAGGUGACCCGGCGCAACACCUUGAUCAAAGACGCCAUGCGGGAACAGUGCAUCCCCGGCCUGGUGGAGUCCUGGUUCCAGAUCCUGCACGCGUACCAGCUCGGCCACCCCGAGCUCACCUGCCAGUGCCUGGAGGUGGUGGGCGCUUACGUGUCCUGGAUCGACCUGGGCCUCAUCGCCAACGAACGGUUCAUCAACCUGCUGCUGGGCCACAUGUCGGUGGAGGAGCUGCGCGAGGAGGCCUGCGACUGCCUCCUGGAGAUCGUCAACAAGGGAAUGGACCCCGUGGACAAAACCAAACUGGUGGAGUCGCUCUGCACCGUUCUUCAGGCCGCCGGAUUCUUCUACGUCGAGCGGGAGGAGGACGUGGACUUCCUGGCCAAGUUCUCGCGUCUGGUCAACGGGAUGGGACAGAGCCUGGUCGCGAGCUGGACCAAACUGGCCAAGGCCGGCAGCGCCGAGGACGCGGGCGCCGCGCUGGACGCGCUGGAGGCCAAAGUGGCGCUGGCGCUGCGCCUCCUGGCGCACCCCGAUGACGACAUCUCCGCCAACGUGGUGGCUUUCUGCUACGAGUACCUGCACGUCCUCAAACAGCUGCCCGAGCUCAGCGACGGACGCAAGAACAACGCGGAGGCCAUCCUGCUGGCCGUCAUCAAGAAGUUGACUUACGACGACGAGUACAACUUUGACAACGAGGGCGAAGACGAGGCCAUGUUCGUGGAGUACAGGAAGCAGCUGAAGAUGCUGUUGGACCGUCUGGCCCAGGUGUCGCCCGAGCUGGUCCUGGGGACCGUCCGGCGAGUCUUCGCCGACACCAUGGGGAAGUGGCAGAGCUCGUCCUUCAUGGAGGUGGAAGUGGCCAUCAGGCUCCUCUACAUGCUGGGAGAAGCGCUGCCCGCCUCGCACGGAGCGCACUUCUCUGGGGACGCCGUCAAGACAGGGGUGCUGCAGGACAUGAUGACCACGUUGGUGACGUGCGGCGUGAGCGGCUACCGGCACACGUGCGUGUCUCUGGAGUUCUUCGAGACGGUCGUCCGAUACGAUAAAUUCUUCGUCGUCGAGCCGCGGCACAUUCCCGACGUUUUGAUGGCUUUCCUGGACCAGCGAGGCCUGAGACACAGCAGUCCCAAAGUCCGCAGUCGAGUGGCCUACCUUUUCUCACGCUUCAUCAAAACACUACACAAGCACAUCACGCCGUUCGUCGAAGACAUCCUGACGCGCAUCCAGGACCUUCUGGAGCUGGCCCCUCCCGACAAGAACUUCCCGGCGCCGCUGACCGGCGACGACCAGCUCUUCAUGUUCGAGGCGGCGGGCGUCCUGAUCGUCAGCGGCGAGAGUCCCGCGGAGCGCAAGCGGGCGCUGAUGCGCGGCCUGCUGGCGCCGCUCGUCGACGCCUUCCGCCCCCUGCUGGACAAACUGGCGGCGGAGACGGACGAGGAGGCCCGGGAGGCCCUCGCCGACUGCCUCGGCCACGCCGUGGCCUUUGUCAGUCGCACCAGCAAGGCCUUCAGCAACAAGCAGACGGUGAAGCAGUGCGGGUGCACGGAAGUCUACCGCGACUGCCUGCUGGCCUUCCUGCCGGCGCUGAGCUGCCCCGUCCAGCGGGGGGCGCUGCGCAGCUGCGUGCGCUCCUUCCUGCACCGCAUGAUCAUCUGCAUGGAGGAGGAGGUGCUGCCCUUCAUCCCCGCCGCGUCCGAGCACAUGCUCAAGGACUGCGAGGCCAGAGACCUGCAGGAGUUGAUCCCGCUCAUCAGCCAGAUCACCGCCAAGUUCAAACGGCAGGUGUCCCCGUUCCUCCAGCGGGUCUUCAUGCCGCUGGUGCUGUGCAUCUUCGAGGCGUUGGCGCGGCCGGCAGACGACAACGACCAGACGGCCGCUCUGGAGAAACAGAUGCUGCGCCGCAGCUACUUCGCCUUCGUCCUGACGGUGGCCGGCAGCGGCAUGAACGAGGUCCUGGUCAACCAGGGGGCGGAGAACGUGGAGCGCGUGGUCUUCACCAUCAUCCAGGGCGCCGUGGACUUCCCCGACCCGGUGGCGCAAAAGACCUGCUUCGCCAUCCUGGCCAGGCUGGUGGAACUCUGGGGCGGCAAGGCCGGCACGGCGGGCUUCGCCGACUUCACGUACAAGCACAUCGUGCCCGCCUGCUUCCAGGCGCCUCUCAAGCCCACCUUCGACCUGUCGGACGCUCAGACCGUGCUGACUUUGUCGGAGGUGGCCGUGACGCUGAAGACGGUCUACGUCAAGCAGGGCCCGGAGCUGUUGGAGUUCCUGCAGCGGGACUAUCUUCCGUCGCUGCGCGUGUCUCCCGAGGUGGCGCAGGAGCUUUGUCACGUCCUGCAGCAACCAGACGCCAAAGUCCUCAAGACCUACCUGAAGGUGUUCUUCCAGCAAGCCAAGCAGUAG